UAUGAGGCUGAUGUUUGUGCAUCAGGAACAUCAUUGUAUGUAGAAACAUUAAUGCAAACAUCUUGUUAAACAAUUUAAAGGUCUUAUGGCUGUAUUGCAUUGUAAAUACAUUUGAAAAAUGUAACAUAAUACUUAAAUAUGAUAUUUAUACAACAUGUUUCAUAACAGAUGUAGUAAGUUACGGAGUAGAUUACAGUUUCCCUAACACGCUUGGCAGUUCUCCCCAGAUGUCGUACACAGCCUUUAGAACACAAUUUUUAUGUAACACCCCGCCAUGUUAUCUUUUUGAAAUAAAUAACAUUUCGAAAACCACCCAACUGCAAAGCAUGCAAAAUGUCCGUCUCUGUGGCUGGCAAGUGUGCUCAUGGUGCGCUCACCUGGGCUUCCCCCACCGGAGAGGCGUGGUACUACAGGUGUACAUGCGCACAGCCGCCGCGCGGGGGAGCUCAGACAAAGCAGCUCGAACGGCGGCUGCAGGCCGAAACACUGAAAGCAAAUACAGCACAGGCCACUCUUAGCAAGCGGACCCCCACAACAAAAACACUCGGGAACCUCCACCCAGCGCCCGGCUCGGGCCAUGGCGGCUGAACCGUGCUCUCAGAUUGAAGCGGAGUUGUAUUUCCUGAUUGCCAGAUUUUUGCAGUCUGGACCAUGUCAGAAAUCCGCUCAGAUGCUGCUGGAGGAGCUGCACGAAUAUGAGAUCAUCCCGAAGCGCUGGAGCUGGGACGGGAAACAGUUUAAGCGCAGCUUUGAGGACUGGGUGUUAAUAAAUCAGCACAUACCUGCAGAUUACCUGUUACGUGCGUGUGAGCAGAUUGGCCCGCUUGUAGAUAAACACAUUUCUCCCAGUGUACCCGGCAUACACAGUUUACUGGGCACAGGACGGCAGUCUUUACUGCGCACAGCAAAGAGUACUUCUUCACAUACAGUAUGGAGUGGUUCUGCAGUAGCUGCCCUGCACAGGGGGCGGCCGCCAGAACCGUCUAUCAGCUGUGCCAUACCCCCAAAUAUAGUGUCAAUCAUGGGUGCUCGACGAACUACAGGAGUGGCUCGAUUUGCCCAAGCCCUCCCAUCCUGGAUCUAUCAGCAAAUGAAAAUGCAUCGGAGGAUUCUGGGUCACCUCUCAUCUGUGUACUGUGUGGCGUUUGACCGGACCGGCCAACGCAUUUUUACGGGUUCUGAUGACUGCCUUGUGAAGAUCUGGGGGACUGACGAUGGACGUCUCCUUGCCACCUUGCGAGGUCACUCGGCAGAGAUUUCCGACAUGACGGUGAACUUUGAGAACACGCUUCUCGCCUCUGCCAGCUGUGACAAGAUCAUCCGUGUGUGGUGCCUCCGUACCUGUGCGCCUGUGGCAGUAUUACAAGGACACACUGCCUCCAUAACCUCAAUACAGUUUUCUCCUUCAGCAUUAGGUUCCUCUCGGUAUCUUGCCACCACUGGGGCAGACGGCAUGGUUUGUUUCUGGCAGUGGAACUCGCUCAGUAUGAAGUUUUUUGAUAAACCUGUGAAGUUUAUCGAACGUUCUCGUCCUGGAGUUCAAAUUUCCUGCUGCUCCUUCAGCUCUGGGGGGAUGUUUCUGGCCACUGGAGGAACGGAUCACAUGAUCAGAGUUUACUACCUCGGAACAGAAAUGCCCAUGAAGCUUUCGGACCUAGAUGCCCAUACGGACAAAGUUGUAGCUAUUCAGUUCUGCAAUAACACUGAUGGUCUCAGGUUUGUGAGUGGUAGUCGGGAUGGUACGGCUCGGAUUUGGCAUUACCAACAGCAGGAAUGGAAAAGUAUUGUGCUGGACAUGACUACUAGAUUACCGGGGAAUGCUGUGGUAACAGGUGAUGAUAAAUCAACCAAGUUGGUGGUGACCAUGGUCGCGUGGGAUCGCUGCGACCGAUCUGUCAUCACAGCCGUUUCGAACUGCCUCCUCAAAGUCUGGAACUCAACAAACGGGCAGUUAUUACAUGUGCUGUCGGGUCAUGAUGAUGAGGUGUUUGUUUUGGAAGCCCACCCCUUUGACUCGCGAAUCUUGUUAUCAGCUGGCCAUGAUGGUAACAUCAAUAUCUGGGACCUCAGCAAAGGCCAUAAAGUCAGAAACUUCUUCAACAUGAUUGAGGGUCAGGGUCAUGGCGCUGUGUUUGACUGCAAGUUUUCAGUGGAUGGGCAGCACUUUGCUUGCACAGACUCUCAUGGUCAUCUGCUCAUCUUUGGCUUCGGGUGUAGCCAACUUUAUGAAAAGAUUCCAGACCAGAUGUUCUUCCAUACGGAUUUCCGGCCGCUGAUCAGGGACGCCAAUAAUUUUGUACUAGAUGAACAGACGCAGCAGGCUCCUCAUCUCAUGCCGCCACCAUUCCUGGUGGAUGUGGAUGGGAACCCCCACCCUCCCCGCAAUCAGCGUCUUGUGCCAGGACGAGAAAACUGCAAAGAGGAGCAGCUUGUACCACAGCUUGGCUACAUGGCUAAUGGUGAUGGGGAGGUAGUCGAGCAGGUGAUUGGCCAGCAGACCGCAGAGGAGUCUCAGGAAGAAAGCCCAUUGGAUGAUCUGAUCAGACAGCUCCAGCACCAGCAUGAUGAGCGGCUCAUCUCAGGAAGUCCAUCAGGUUCGGAUGAUCUGAUAUUAAAGCAUCUCUUACAACAUUUCAAUGUGAUUGUUGGAUUAAAGGAUUGCUUUUCAUGUUCAGGUGCUGAAGGGGCUGGUGGUCCUCUGUCCCCCCCUAACGUGGGUCUGCGGCGUAGCGGACAGGUUGAGGGCGUGAGGCAGAUGCACAAUAAUGCCCCACGCAGUCAGAUGGCCACUGAGCGAGACCUGCUGGCAUGGAGUCGUCGCGUGGUGGUUAAUGAAGUACAGUCUGGCAUUUUCAGAGUCAUGGAGGACUGCAGGCAAGCGAAAGGAGAGGUGGAGCGGUCUUUCUACAUCACUGAGAAGAAAAAAAAACCUGCACUCACAACAGGAAGCGAGACAAUAGGUCAGAGUGUUCGCAUUUUACGAAGGGCUCAACGGAAGCCACAGCAGCGGAGACACACAUAUCAAACCCGCUCAACCCGAGACAGGAGGCGUAGCUCAACCACACGCACGUACACCCGUGAGGAGGACAGCACAAGAGAAUCCAACAGUGACGCAGAGCAGCAGGAAGAGGAGGAGGAACAGAAUGAGAACAGUGACGUGUCGUCAGCUGAAGCACAGUGGGAGAAAGACAGCAGUUCCAGUGACUCUUCCAGCGAGUAUUCUGAUUGGACUGCAGAUGCGGGAAUUAACCUCCAGCCCCCUAAGCGACUAACCAGAAGGCAAGCCCGUCUCGCCAGGUGCAGCAGCUCAGAGGAGGAGGAGGAGGAGGAGGAGGAGGGUGCAGGCCAGAGAGAAGGAGAUGGAGAUGAUGAGAGAGCGAGCAAAUUGCCAGAUAAAAAGAAGAAACCUAAACAGACCAAACAGCGGUCUGUACCUGCUGGGGAGUUAGAGGAAUGGUUGCCCCCAUCUUGGAUCAUGGAGACCAUUCCAAGACGAUCACCUUUUGUACCUCAAAUGGGAGAUGAGUUGAUAUAUUUCCGUCAGGGCCAUCAAGCAUACGUCCGAGCCGUGCGUCGUGCCAAAGCAUACAGCGUCAAUCCUCAGAAACAGCCCUGGAACCGCCUGGACCUCAGAGAUCAGGAGUCUGUGAAGGUAGUGGGUAUUAAAUAUGAGGUCGGGCCGCCCACUCUGUGCUGCCUCAAACUGGCCUUCCUGGACCCCACCUCAGGGAAAAUGACUAAAGAAUUCUUCAGCUUGAAGUAUCAUGACAUGCCUGAUGUCAUUGACUUUCUGGUGCUACAACAAUUUUAUAAUGAGGCCAAAGAACGAAACUGGCAACCAGGUCAUCGUUUCAGAAGCAUCAUCGAUGAUGCCUGGUGGUUCGGUUCGGUGGAGAGUCAGGAGCCAUUUCAGCCUGAAUAUCCCGACAGCCUCUACCAGUGCUACGUUGUGAGGUGGGAUAACGGAGAGAGAGAGAAGAUGAGUCCGUGGGAUAUGGAGCCCAUACCUCAGGAAGCUCCAAUCCCAGAGCACGUUGAGGACAGUCUACCGGUCACAGAGGAUGAGCUUCAGUCGCUGCUGUACACCCCACAGGAGGGCGAGUGGGGGCUACACAUACGAGAUGACGAGUGUGAGAGAGUCAUUACCGCCAUAGAUCAGCUGCUGACAUUCGACGUGGCAAAACCCUUCUCCUGUCCCGUCGAUUUAAGAGAAUAUCCAAUGUACUGUACUGUUGUGGCCUAUCCCACCGCCCUCGGCACCAUCAGAACAAGAUUAGUGCACCGUUUCUACAGGCGAAUCUCAGCGUUGAUGUGGGAGGUGCGUUACAUCGAGCAUAAUGCUCGGACAUUUAACGAACCACAGAGCCCCAUCGUCACGGCAGCUAAAACGGUCACUGACGUCCUGCUCAGGUUCAUCAGGGAUCAAAGCUCCACUGACAUCUUGGAUCUGUACAAUAAGAUGAAGACCGAAUUCAGCAGCGCAGGAGAGGAAGAGGAGACGGUUGAAGUGGAUUCAGACACUCCCUGCACCUCCACUGGCCAAAGGAGGUCCGAUAGUGUGCCUCAGAAACGGGGCGUGGUCUUGGAUGUAAAUGCAUGGCAGGGACAGUGCAGGGAACUUCUAAGGAGAAUGAUGGCAAGCCCAGACUCACAGGCGUUCCGCCAACCUGUCGACCUCUUUGCGUACCCGGAUUAUCGUGACAUUAUUGAUACUCCUAUGGAUUUAGGCACUGUUUCUGAGACUUUGAUGGGUGGAAACUACGAGAAUCCGGUGGAGUUUGCCAAAGAUGUGCGGCUAAUUUUCAGCAAUUCCAAGGCUUACACACCAAACAAAAAGUCACGGAUCUACAGCAUGACCCUGAGUCUGUCUGCGUUCUUUGAGCAUCAGGUGAUUUCCAUCAUCUCAGAUUAUAAAUCUGCUGUCCAGAAUGAGCGCAGAAAUCUCAAGAGACUCAGUUACAGCAAGAGAUUACAGUCCAUUCCUAACAGCCCCAAAGGAAAACAAAAAUCAGGGAAGAAAACCUCCCAGACACCAGCAAAGAUCUGCUCACGGAAAACCCCACAAGAUUUGAAUGUUGAAGUUGAUGAAGACAGUCAGCCUUCGUCUUCAUCCAGCACUUUCUCGUCCUCUACCUCAUCCUCUUCAUCAGGCAGAGUUACACGCAGCCGAGUUACACCACAGAAACUCUCAGAUGCCAACGGUCUGGUGUCAAACGGAAGUCGAAGUUCACGUAGACGUGAAGCAUUGACAGAAGAGGGAGAGAUCUCUGAAUCCGAGAGGUCUGGUACAUCAAGCACAUCGUCCUCAUCAUCGUCUUCCUCCACAUCAUCGUCUUCGUCAGAAAGCGAGGACAGCGAGGACGAGGUGGCUGCCUUUGCCGACGGCGGCGAUCAUGACUACAGCAAAGCUCCUCAAACCCAACAAAAGGGCAAAGUGGCAGCUGCCUCCGUGGAUGACUCCAGCCGCAAGAGAAAAGGAGAAGAGGAAACGACAACUGAACCAGCGAAACGCAUGCGGAAAACAGAGUUACGAGUGGAGGAAGAAGAGGAGGAGCCUGAGGAAGAGGAGGAGCCUGAAGAGGAAGAGGAGGAGGAGGAAGUGGAAGAAGAGGAAUCUGAAGAGUCUGAGAAAGAGUCUGAGGAUGAUGAGGCUCCUCAGUCAACAGGAAAUACUGGAAGUCAGAAGUCAACUCAAAGGACUGCAAAGGCAGCGCGUGUCAAUACUCGUAACCAAGGACGACGGACAGUUUUGUACAACGACGACUCUGAAGAGGAGGGGUCAACGACAGACCCGCUGAACCUGGGAAUGUCACGCUCUGGAAGAGUCCGUCGAAUGACUGAAAAAGCGAGGGUCAGCCAUCUCAUGGGCUGGUCGCACUAAGACUUUGGCAUUUUUUGACCCAUACACUGACUCACUACAGUGAUACUGCAGGGAUUUUCUUUUUAGGCUCUUUCUUUUAUGUUGUUGACUUGAUGUUAAUGACUCUUCCUGGACUGUGGUGCUUUCUCUUGUUUGUGGUUUCCUUGGUAACCACCAUGCCAUCAACUAAUCAAUCACCUCUGCCUUAUUCUGGUCCAGGGCAGUAAGAGUCAACUCUCCUCCUCGCGUCCAGUUUAUCAUUCCCUCUAUUAAUCUUCACUUCUUCCUCCUUUGUGACAGAUUUAUUUUGAUCCCAAUUUGGUGUGUUUGGUUUCCAGUUCCCGUUCUGAGGAAUUUCUGUCUGUUCACUUUAUGAUGAUCAGAAAGAUGGUGCUGCUUUCCUCUUCCUCCAUCAUUCUAGCAUUCGUUUAAUUCUCUGUUAGGAAAUCAGUUAGUUUCUGACUUUGCCAUGCGGGGCAACGGGGGACACGUUUACCAUCAAAUUGAGAUGACUUGACUCUACUAUUAAAUCAGGUUGUACACUUACCUCUGUUGAGUAAAAAUAAUAUUAUCAUUUUUUGUCAUGGUUGUAAGCAUUGCUCUUUUUAGAUUUUUGUGCGGUUGUUGGAUUGGUCCAAAUCUCUCGGAUGCAUUAACUACUUCCAGAUUGUGUUUAAUAUGCCUCAUCCAUUAGAGCACAGAUUACGAGGAGGAUUAUGGGAAUGGUGGGAGAAAAUGCUUUUUUCUUCUGUUCAGUUUUACAAACCCACAUCAAACUGUUUUUACAGAAAAUAUUUAUUUUUCCACUGCUGUAUAGUACACUUUGAUUCAUUUUUUAUCUUACACUAAGGAGAACAACCGUAAUAAACUUUGCACAUUUUUGUCAAUUAUGUGGCAGCUGAUUUGAGGGUAAGAGAUCCCAAUCCUGGACUCCGGUUCAGAUACAAUGUAAAUUAAAACUGGUUACCCUCAAACCAUUUUACUGUUUAUUUUCUUGCAUUUUUAUUUCCUUAUGUUGUUUCUCUGCUUCAUCAUGUACACUGAAGAGAUUAUGUUUUGUACAGGGAUGAAAUAGAACCCCACUCUGAAAAUGUUUUAACAUGAUUAUCUGAUCAAUGUUGUUGUCUAUUUUCAGGAUGGUGAAUAGUUGGCAUUAUUGAUUUGAGAGAUUAGAUGUCAAAACUGGGUUUGAUUUGUCAGAGGGUGUUUCUGACAGAAAACACUUAUUACAUCCUUUUAUUUGGUAUUUUGAAUUAUUUUCCUCACCCCAAUCCAGUCCCUAGACCACACUUGUACAUCAGCAGCCACUCACAAUGCAGAGAAAUAAUUCUAGCCAAUCAAGAUACUUCGUUAACCUUUUCAGCCUGUGUGCCAUUCACUUGACACAAGAGAUAACCAGACUGAGUUAAUUUUGUCAGCUCGUUUCACGUCAUUUUUUCCCCCUCAAAGCUCAUUCUAGCUUUCCGUGGGGUUCUGUGACAUUUUAGCAUUCCGUGGGGUGGCAGAUAAAUAAAUGUUGCGUUACAAUAAUACUGGAGGUGAUCAUGAAGAAACGACGUAAAAUGUAAUAAGCUUACGUGCGUGUCUAAUUUUUUUUACACGUUUUGGAUUGUGAAUUUUUUUAUAUAAUAAAAUGGUUAAACUCU